GCCGUGGCAAUGGCAUAUUCGAAAUUUGGUAUUUGUCUUGUAUCCGUAAACCUUAACAAGUGUUUUAUUUUGUUGUCUUGUGAAAGUGAAAGAGAGAGUAUAUAUAAUUUGGCUCUGUCGUAAUGCACAGAUUGAACUACAGAAAAUGGCGCCUUCCUUUGAAACCGUUUGGUAGUUGUAUUCACAGCUAUGCUGAUAGAACGAAGCUUCACUCGAAUCUGCUUUUGGGAGAUUUGUCUAAAUCUGGUCGGGUCGAUGAAGCCCGCCAAAUGUUCGAUAAAAUGCCUGAGAGGGAUGAGUUUACAUGGAACACGAUGAUCGUUGCUUACUCGAAUUCAAGGCGACUUUCUGAUGCAGAAAAGCUUUUUCGUAGCAACCCAGUGAAGAAUACAAUCUCCUGGAAUGCUCUUAUCUCUGGGUAUUGCAAGUCUGGAAGUAAAGUUGAAGCUUUUAAUUUGUUUUGGGAAAUGCAGUCUGAUGGAAUAAAACCUAACGAGUACACUUUGGGUAGUGUUCUUAGGAUGUGUACUUCGCUUGUUUUGCUUCUGAGAGGUGAACAGAUUCAUGGGCAUACAAUAAAAACCGGGUUUGAUUUGGAUGUUAAUGUGGUGAAUGGCCUUCUUGCUAUGUAUGCACAAUGCAAGCGUAUCUCUGAAGCUGAAUACCUCUUUGAGACAAUGGAAGGUGAGAAAAAUAAUGUUACAUGGACUUCAAUGCUCACUGGUUACUCUCAAAAUGGAUUUGCUUUCAAGGCAAUAGAGUGUUUUAGGGAUUUGAGAAGAGAAGGAAAUCAAUCGAAUCAAUAUACAUUUCCUAGUGUUUUAACUGCUUGUGCCUCGGUUUCUGCUUGCAGGGUAGGAGUCCAGGUACAUUGCUGCAUAGUUAAGAGUGGUUUCAAGACCAAUAUCUAUGUUCAGAGCGCAUUGAUUGAUAUGUAUGCUAAAUGCAGAGAAAUGGAAUCCGCAAGAGCUUUGUUAGAAGGUAUGGAGGUUGAUGAUGUGGUAUCUUGGAACUCGAUGAUUGUAGGGUGUGUUAGACAAGGUCUUAUUGGAGAAGCUCUGUCUAUGUUUGGAAGAAUGCAUGAGCGAGAUAUGAAAAUAGAUGAUUUCACGAUCCCAUCCAUCUUAAAUUGUUUUGCUUUGUCUAGGACAGAAAUGAAGAUAGCUUCUUCUGCACAUUGUCUGAUUGUGAAAACCGGGUAUGCGACUUACAAACUUGUGAAUAACGCCCUUGUGGAUAUGUAUGCUAAAAGAGGGAUCAUGGAUUCAGCGUUGAAAGUGUUUGAAGGGAUGAUUGAGAAAGAUGUGAUAUCUUGGACAGCUCUUGUGACAGGAAAUACACAUAACGGAUCUUAUGAUGAAGCACUGAAGUUGUUCUGUAACAUGAGAGUUGGAGGCAUUACUCCUGAUAAGAUUGUUACAGCGAGUGUAUUAAGCGCCUCGGCGGAGUUAACUCUUUUGGAGUUUGGGCAACAGGUACAUGGGAAUUAUAUUAAAUCUGGUUUUCCUUCAUCUUUGUCAGUAAACAAUUCUCUUGUGACAAUGUACACAAAGUGUGGAAGCUUAGAAGACGCGAAUGUUAUAUUCAACUCUAUGGAAAUCAGGGAUUUAAUAACAUGGACUUGUCUUAUUGUGGGUUACGCAAAAAACGGUCUCUUAGAAGAUGCUCAACGCUACUUUGAUUCGAUGAGAACAGUUUAUGGAAUCACACCAGGACCGGAACACUAUGCCUGUAUGAUUGAUCUCUUUGGUAGAUCUGGUGAUUUCGUAAAAGUAGAGCAAUUGCUGCAUCAAAUGGAGGUUGAACCAGAUGCUACUGUAUGGAAAGCGAUUUUGGCUGCAAGUAGGAAGCAUGGGAAUAUAGAAAACGGGGAAAGAGCAGCGAAAACUCUUAUGGAAUUGGAACCAAACAAUGCUGUUCCUUAUGUUCAGUUAUCAAACAUGUAUUCUGCAGCGGGAAGACAAGACGAAGCUGCAAAUGUUCGUAGAUUGAUGAAAUCUCGUAAUAUAAGCAAAGAACCUGGUUGCAGUUGGGUUGAAGAGAAAGGUAAAGUUCAUAGCUUUAUGUCUGAAGAUAGAAGACAUCCGAGAAUGGUUGAGAUAUAUUCCAAGGUUGAUGAAAUGAUGCUUUUGAUCAAAGAGGCUGGUUAUUUCGCGGAUAUGAGUUUUGCUCUCCAUGACUUAGAUAAGGAAGGGAAGGAGCUAGGUUUGGCUUACCAUAGUGAGAAAUUAGCUGUUGCGUUUGGUCUACUUGUUGUACCAUCUGGAGCUCCAAUCCGGAUCAUCAAGAACCUUCGCGUCUGUGGGGAUUGCCACAGUGCAAUGAAACUAUUGGUAACAUUUGCAAUAGAAGGAAAACUCGGAAAAUUCUGCAUUUCUGUCUGCAACAAUGAAAGCUACAAAGUUACAAACUUACAAUUAUACACUUUCAAACUGCUAGUCGAUGUGGUUGCAGAGGUCAGUGAGGGUUCAUAA